GCAACCCUCUCAGCCUCCACCAAUAGAAAUAUGGGUUCGGUUCAACACCCAUUUUCUGAAGUCCUGCUAUAAAAUUGUCCUGUCAAAUCCUUCUGCAUUUAUUAUUGCAAGAGUGCUUCAUCUACACACAAGCUGAAUUUGGAAAAUUGAAGAGUGAGCUGAUCAUGAGUGCCAGGAAUGAUACCAAGUCGAAUUUGGUUCAGAUGAAUGAGAAUGCGAAUGGCAAACUCCUGAAUGGGAAUGGAGCCAACAGGAAGGGUAUUCACCAUGCCGGCGUCGGUGAGAAUUCUUCUCCUGUCAAAGACAGACCCUACAGGAAGACAUGGCAAGUGAAGCCUUCCUUGAUGGCUAACAACACCCUGAAUCCCAUAAGGACCAUAGUCGAUGGGAUGAAGCUCUCCCCACACCCGGAUAAAGCCAUGAUCAGCCUUUCAAUUGGGGACCCUACCGUCUUUGGAAACCUUCCAACAGAUGAUGCGGUGCUUCAAGCCAUGAAAGAUGCGAUCAAUUCGCACCAAUACAAUGGCUAUGCUCCUUCUGUUGGUUACUUAAAGAGCCGACAGGUGGUAGCUAACUAUUACAGCUGCCCUGAGGCUCCACUAGAAGCAGAGGAUGUGAUUUUGACUAGUGGCUGUAGUCAGGCUAUUGACCUGGCUAUCAGUGUCCUGUGUAAUCCUGGGGACAACAUCCUGGUUCCACGUCCAGGCUUCUCAUUAUAUAAGACUCUGGCAUUAUCUUUUGGCAUCGAGGUCAAAUUCUACAACCUGCUGCCAGAGAAGUCAUGGGAGGUGGAUCUGCAACAUUUGGAGAGCCAGGUUGAUGACAGGACAUCCCUUCUAAUUGUUACCAAUCCAUCUAACCCAUGUGGCUCCGUUUUCACCAAGGAACACCUACAAAAGAUUCUCACAGUGGCUUCCAGAAACUGUCUGCCCAUCCUGGCAGAUGAAGUCUACAGCAACAUGGUUUUCCCGGGUUGUGAAAGCCCCUCCCUGGCAUCUCUCAGCACUGACGUGCCAAUCAUGUCCUGUUGCGGCCUUGCUAAGCGCUGGCUAGUCCCCGGUUGGAGGAUGGGAUGGAUCCUCAUCCACGACAGGAACAACAUCUUCGGAUCUGAGAUUCGACAAGGCCUUGUCCAGCUUUGCCAACGCAUUCUUGGACCGUGCACCAUUGUCCAGGGCGCACUGGAGGGAAUCUUCAACAACACACCUCAAGGUUUCUUCGAUGAUACCAUUCGUUUCAUCAAGUCUAACGCUGAGAUUUGUUUCAAUGAGCUGUCCACUGUACCUGGCUUGAAGCCCAUCCUGCCCUCAGGAGCCAUGUACUUGAUGAUUGGAAUUGACAUAGAGCGCUUCCCAGAUUUUCAGAGUGAUGUUGACUUUACUGAACGACUGGUGACCGAGCAGUCAGUUUUCUGUCUGCCUACAACAGCUUUUGAAUAUCCCAACUUCUUCCGCAUUGUGGUGACAGUUCCAGAGCAGAUGAUGUUGGAAGCAUGUGGUCGGAUCAGGGAGUUUUGCCAGCGCCACUAUCAGCCAGGCAGACGUAACAAAAAGGACCUGGAUCAGUGAUGCAGAAGACUCUAACAUGAGUUGCAACUGAUGCAAACCUCCUGUUUGUUGUUUAUUUAUCAAAUUGUUAGUUAUACCUUUUAAAGCCAGCUAUUAUUUAAUGUCAAAAUUAGGAUUGCAGAUCAUGAACAUGACAAUGCUAUCGUUUAAUUAAUAAUUAUCCCCUUAAACUGAGGGCAACUUUGCCAAAAACUCCUAUGGAAAGGUGCAGCCAAACCAAAUUUGUAGCUGUUCUUGAACCAUUUGGAGUAUCAGCAUAGUUUUGGUCUCUUUUUGAAAUAUUCAAAAUUGUAUCAUUAUGAAUAUUUUCCCCAUACAGUAAGAAUCUGUAUAAGUGCUCCUGGCACUGAACUAUGGAUGUUCGAAAACAGAAGAAAAAGGCGAAGCUUAUGUUCGUCUGAAUUUCUUUUCACAAAAUCUGCCUUGAAAAUGUAUUUAGAAUGUUGAUUAGGAUUUGAAAACACUACAGGAUCAAAGUCUCCCCAAGUUCCAGCUCAAAUUCGACAAUUCCCCGCUCCCCGUUGCUCCACUGCUUUCCUGACUUUGUCUAAUGUGCUGUCUUCUGUCUUAAUAUAGCCUCUGUAUAUUUUUUCUUAUGAAUAGACAAAAUAUGGAAUUAGUCAGCUGGACUCUGUCACGUUACGCACAAAGCAGGAAAAGGAACUGCUUUGUACAUAACAGAGCAAACGAGAAUAAGUGGAUCCCCGAAAUAUCAGACACUGACAAGGACUUCGUUCCAAAAUAAUAUUUGUUAUAAACCAAAACUCCGCCUAAUAGAAAACUGAAAACACUGGUAAAAACGAGAACCAGGAAAUAAUGUAACGCGACAAUGAAAAGCGCUUGCAAAAAAACGGCAAGGAAAAUGAUUAGACAAUUACUAGUUCAAGUACGCACUUUGAAAAAUCCCAAUGGGACGACGAAAAUGUAACAAACAGCAAUCGUAUUUGAGUAAUGUUUACGAACAUGGGCAACAGCAGUGGCACAGCAUGCAAUACUCCGGCAAUGAGUCGACAGCCGGAGCGCCUAGAUAUAGCAGGUGCAAUCACCUACAAAUAGGCAGCAGGUGUGCAGGCAGCAGAAAUGAACGCCUGCCACCUGCUGCCAAAUACGGAACAUGACACUCUCAGCACUAUGGUACACAUUUUUUCAAUGAAAAGAGUGGGCGGUGGGGAGCCCUCUUGGCCCUCUGGGACAUUUGCUGCUGGGAACACCAUAGAUCCUUGGCAGAAGUGGAAAAUGGUGUGCUUGACAUUAUUGUCCCUAACAGGAUGUGGAAGACAUCUUCAUUAUUCACCUUUUGAUAACAGGAAUACUGCUGUUUAGUGUUCGCAGUUUUCUGAACUAUCGCAAAAUUCAGCCGCGCGGGGGCUUCAUUGGUCAGGAACAAGGUGGUGACUGAACAUGGUAUGGUGUGAGGUGGGUGAUCAACACUCAGACUCAUUCAUUGAUCGAACUGAACCGCAAAGUGGAUGUUGUGUUGGAGUCGCUUCACAAAAUGGAAAGACAGAGAGUAGUUGUUCUGACCUGAAAAAUUGAUUGACUGAUUGAUUGAAAAUUUGGCAGAUUGACACCACAGAGAGUCGCAUGAUAAAAGGCAUUCAAGGCUGUCUGUAAUUGAAGAGGGCCUGUUCGCAAUACAGUUGUUAUCUGGACUUUCCCCUGGAUGUGAAAACACACAGACGCGAGCUUCUUCACCCUAUUCCCCCGACCGAGCCUGUGACUAAUAAGGUCUUGGCCUUGCAGCUGCAGGCACAAUGUCAAGGUCUUUGCUGCUCCCUCCCACGUCACAACUGCAAAGACUUGAGCGCACCUACUGUGUGUGUAGCUCAUUUCACAGAUUAUGAUGCUCCCCCCAACCUUCCUCCCGUCCCUCCACCACCCUGUUCAUUCCAUGUUCAGUCUUGAGAAUUGUUAUACUGUGGUUUUAAAUGUACACUACAUGUGCUGAGGGGUUUUUCUCUGGCCCAAACCAUCUACCCACUAAGGAGAAUGGUUGAAGCCUAUUGUUUUUUUUCCCCCUCCCCUUCCCGACUGUUUUCCUUUCCUUUCAGAUCUAAGAUAUCGGGUUGCUUAACAGCGACCCGCCUGGCUUCUCGUUCUAUAUCCCCCAUGUUGGUUCUUGAUUUCUUGUUUAUGUUCUUCUGGACGGAUUAUAACUGGAAAGUGAAUUCCUUGUUGAUAUGAUUGUUUGAUGUAUAGAUGAGUUUCAAUGUUUGCAAACAUUGCCUCCAAGAUGCUCGCACAUUUUAAUGAUGCCACUGUUGUUUGCAAAGACGAGCAUUUUUAAUUGCCUCUCACGUUGAAUUUCUUUAUUUUGACAUUCGGAUCACUGGGCAGAAAUCACAUCGUGUCAUAACCCCCCGCCCCCGCGGGCCUUCGCAAUGCUUUGUUUAAAUUAAACAGUUGGGAUUCCUCUGGUCCGCCCCACUUCUAAACCAGCUGCGAGGCACCGGCCGAGGUGACUGUAGCAUACCAUACUGCUACACGAUGUUACGACAGUGUCGCACAGCAUUGGUUGAUGGGGUGACGACUGACACCUGUUCAGUCAGACUCAGUUGAAUAAAGACCAUUGAAAAAGUAAGUCGUGUCCUCACGUUUUUCUGACACAACAGCGACCCAACGGAGAGACACACCCCGUGCCACCACCCCCGGCACUCCCCCCCAGAGGGGGGAAAAGCACAAGGACCACGACAGCGGGGGGGCCCGCUG